GCAGUAUGUCAUAGAAGUAGCUACAAUAUUGCCACUCUGAUGUUGCCAGGACGCUUGUGUGGGAGUGGCUGGCUGUUGCUAAGAAAGGUCUCCCGGAAGUGGACGCGUCCUCGUAUUUUCCAGUGUUUCUGCUGCUUGAGGAGCAGUUGGUUUGGUGACUUGUCAACAGAAACAUGGCUGCCUCUGCGUCCGGGAAAGCAUACCGAAACGAUAACGCUUCCAUGGGCAGUCAAAAAUGCAUCGAAGAGCCCCCCGCACCGACGCGGGAGAUUAUCAAACCGUCUAUCAUGGAGCUCACCAAAGAAGUGCGGACCAAUAUCCUGUGCACCGUGGAAGGCUGUGGCAAGAUUUUACCGAACACGCCAGCCCUGAACAUGCAUCUCGUGAAGUCCCACAGAGUAAAGGACGGUCUUGUUAACCCCACCAUCAGGAAGGACAUGAAGGGUUCCCAGAAGCUCUACUGUUGUCCCAUAGAGGGCUGUCCACGAGGCCCCAACAGACCCUUCUCCCAGUUUUCCCUGGUUAAACAGCACUUUAUGAAGAUGCAUGCAGAGAAGAAGCACAAGUGUUCCAAGUGCAACAACGGCUACAGCACAGAGUGGGACCUGAGGCGCCACAUAGAGGACUGUGGGAGGACCUACCGCUGCACGUGUGGCUGCCCCUAUGCCAGCAGAGCGGCGCUACUGUCACAUAUCUACAGGACCGGCCACGAGGUCCCCACAGAACACAGGUAUCCACCAGUGAAAAGGCAGAAGAUGGAGAGAAAGAUAAAUGGAGCAGAAAAAGUCAAGCCCAGUGAAUUCAUGUGUCAGAUUAUAAAAACGGACAGAGAACUUUCAGAGGACUCCCUCCCUUCAGACAGGGUCUGCCACAACAUCCCCCCUAAACACCUCCAGAAACUCCUCCUACCCAAGCCCGAAGUGGCUCUGGUGAAUUUCCCUGUGAUGCAGCUGGCCCAUCUCCCUGUCCUCCUCCCCUCCACAGAGAGCGGGGUUUUGAGGUCUGUGGUGCUGGCCAUGGACAGCCAGGGCUCCUUCAGCACCCUCCACCUCAUGCCCCAGUCCAUGGGGGCCAUGGUGCCCCACCUGGACCCUAAGACCCUGGGCUUCAGGGGCAGCACGCCUGCCUCCCGCUCCUGUCUGGGGCCUGUCAGCUUGGGGGUGCAGGUAAGUCUGGAGUCAUUGGGCUCUGGCGAUGACCUCGGAGGAACCAGGGGGAGCAAUACCUCCUCCAACAUCCAGACAGACAUCUCAUACUUGUCCAGGAUGCCUAUGGUGGUUGGGGUGGGGACGGAGGUGUGCCCCGUUGGUGAGUCGUCGGUCUCAUCGUGUUCUCAGACAGAUAUUAGUGUGAGUGCUCAGGUCCUGCUGCCGGUCAGUGUAGAGACCCAGACGUUCCCCUCUAAGGCCAAAGCCACCACCACCAUCGGGGCUCAGACAGACACCCACACCCUCAGCCAGCUGCCUUGCCCCUAUUCCUCCCCAUCCCAGUCCCCCUACAUUACCAAGCAGACCCAGACCAGACUCGCCCUGGCUGGGUCAGAAGAGAGGGCUCAGAUAGACCAGGCCAUCAUGUGCUCAGACCUCUUCGACAGUUACUCCCUCAGUGUCUCGACACAGACGGCACUGACAGACGGACGCUUCAGAACCCACGGUGUAGACGACCCCCUCUCCGGUGUCGGUAACGGUCUCUAUGACGACGACAAAUCAGCAGGAGGCAUGUGUUUUGGCGUACAGACAGACGAUCUCCAGUCGGGCAGCGUGGCGGACAACCAAACCCAGACCACCUUGGCUCUGUUCAACGACCUGGAGAACAUCUUGUCAGGUCACUCUCUGUCCGGUCCCCAGACGCAGAUGGAUUCUUCAACAGGCUGUGGGUCAGGUCUGGGCUCUGUUCAGGAACAGCACACGGGCAUCGACUUUGACUUUGAGGAAUUCCUGAACGCUGCCCACAUCCAGACCCAGACGGAGGAGAGCGAGCUGAGCGGUCUGGGGGCCGACACGCCCCUGGAGGUCCUGGACAUCCAAACCCAGACAGACUUCCUCCUCCUGGAGGGCCUGGGAAACAGUGAGGGGCCGGGCCGGAGUCAGGCCAGCGACCUGGAACUGGAGAUGUUUGACACUCAGACCCAGACGGACCUCAACUUCCUGCUGAAAGCCGGAGGCCACAUGCCACUGGGCAACAUUCUGCGCCAGUCCAGCUUCUCCAUGAGCACAGAGUCCUCUGACACUGAGACGCAGACCGACCUCCGCCAACCGCUGACACCAAACUCCAACACCCUUCCCUCUGUGUCCCAGGGUGACCAGGCCAGGCUCUUGAGCAGCACAGAGACUCAGACGGUGACCAACGCAUCUUCUGAGGGCCUCGGAAACCUCUUCCUGACCAGCAAUGAGACCCAGACAGUCAUGGACGACUUCUUGUCAGCUGACAUGGCCUGGAAUAUGGAGUCCCACUUCAGCUCGGUGGAAACGCAGACGUGUGAGGAGUUGUUUGCUCUUUCAGCACUCUGAGAAGCCCAACAGCUGAAUACCCUCCCCCACCACACACACACAGGGCUACCACCUCAGCCCACUCAAUGGGUUUCUGGUUUCCGUCCAGGAGGACCUGGGCUCCUACUCAUCAUCCUCUACAGUCUAUGUCCCUCUACUAAUGGAGGUUUAGGUGUAGAAGUGAGCCGCCUUAAGAAGUCUUAGGACAUUCUACAAGGGGGUAGCAUGUCUAGGAUAACGUGUCCAGACAUCUCCCUCAUGCUAGCUCAAAAGCACUUUAUUAUCAGUUCAUGGAUAUGAUUUCCCAUCCUUGUUUACAUGUUUAUUUGCACGUCUUACUACUUAAAUAUAUAUUUUAUCUGAAAGCCAGUUUAGUCCGUUUUCAAAGUUUUGAACACUGUUUGCUGUAAGAGAGUAUGUAAUGCCUGCUGAGCCUUUCCUUAAUCAUACUGCUAUUGAAUGGCUUCUGGCAGAUUUGAUGUGGCACAAACGUACUAGUGAAAUUCAAAAAUAGUUGCCGCAUUGUUGACAUGUGAUUGUGAAGUACAGUCUUGUAGAAUUGCCCUAUUGUUACAGGGCCACCCACCUAUAAGCUGGGUCACCGCGUUAGCAGACUAGCCUGUCAUCAUCUUUGACUUAUUUAUUAGCUGGCUGUAAGUGUAUAGCAGCACAGUGUGCUGAAGUGAUACAACACUGUAGAGAAACACUAUGAGGAUCUAGCUACUCUCUAGUCACUGUGAUUACAUUGUGAUUGUGUAUGUCCAACACCACCAUAUACAGUGCCUUAAAGUAUUCACACCCGUUGACUUUUUCCACAUUUUGUUACAAAGUGGGAUUAAGUGGAACAAAAAAUGGAAAAUUAAUGGAAAAUAUAACAAAUAUAUCUUCAUUAAAUAAGUAUUCAACCCCCUGAGUAAAUGCAUGUUAGAAUCACCUUUCAAUUACAACUGAGUCUUUCAGGUAAGUCUUUAAGAGCUUUCCACACCUGGAUUGUGCAACAUUUGCUCAUUAUUUUCAGAAUUAUUCAAACUCUGACGAAUUGGUUGUUGAUCAUUGCUCGACAACUUUUUUGGGGUCUUGCCAUAGAUUUUCAAGUAGAUUUAAGUCAAAACUGUAACUCGAACAUUCGGGACAUUCACUGUCUUCUUGGUAAGCAACUCCAGUGUAGAUUUGGCCUUGUGUUGUAGGUUAUUGUCCUGCUGAAAAGUGAAUUCAUCUCCCAGUGUCUGGUGGAAAGCAGACUGGACCAGGUUUUCCUCUAGGAUUUUGCCUGUGCUUCUCUAUUACGUUUCUUUUUUAUCCUGAAAAACUCCCCAGUCCUUAAUGAUUACAAGCAUACCCAUAACAUGAUGCAGCCACCACUAUGCUUGAAAAUAUGAAGAGUGGUACCCAAAACAUAAUACUUUGUAUUCAGGACAAAAGGUGAAUUGCGUUGCAACAUUUUUUGUAUUGUGGAGUAAAUACAAUGUUGAUCCAUCCUCCGUUUUCUCCUAUCACAGCCACUAAACUCUUAAGUUUUUUAAAGUCACCAUUGGCCUCAUGGUGAAGUACCUGUGCAGUUUCGUUCCUCUCCUGCAACUGAGUUAGGAAUACACCAUCCAAAGUGUAAUUAAUAACCUCACCAUGCACAAAUGGAUAUUCAAUGUCUGAUUUCUUUAUUUUUACCCAUCUACCAAUAGGUGCCCUUUGCGAGGCAUUGGAAAACCUCCCUGGUCUUUGUGGUUGAAUCUGUGUUUGAAAUUCACUGCUUGGCUGAGGGACCUUACAGAUAAUUGUGUGUGGAGGGUACAGAGAUGAGUCAUUAAAAAAAAAACAUCUUGUUAAACACUUAUUGUACACAGUGUGAGUCCAUGCAACUUGUUAUGCACAUUUUUACUCCUGAAUUUAUUUAGGCUUGCCAUAACAAAAUGUGUUAAAUACUAACUGACAUUUCAGCUUUUCAUUUUACAUUCAUUUGUACAAUUUCCUAAAACAUAAUUCCACUUUGACAUUAUGGGGUAUUGUGAUAAGGCCAGUGACAAAACAAAUCUUAAUUUCAUCAAGAUUAAAUUCAGGCUGUAACAAUUUCUGGGGGGCAAUGGGUGUGAAUACUUUCUGAAGGUACUGUAUAACAACCCCAUUAAACGUUACUGAACAUAAACUGAAGAAAUAUUACCAUUUCUGUCAACUUUUUCUUGAACUAUACUCAAGUCUACCGUAUUAGUCAAAGCUAGCUGUUGGUAUCAUUACAAUAUUUUACUUCAUUUGCACAUGCAUCCCAUUCAAAUUUCAAGAAACAGACAUUUGUUGAGACAUUUUUAUUGAAUGUGAACUUCACAAAAGAGCUCCAAGUUUUGAGUAUUUCUCCAUGUUUGAUUUUGUUCUGUUGGUGCCUUAAAACAAGUUUUUUUCAUUAUGUAUUUUAUGUUUCCGUUGGUCAGUGAUGCUCUAAGCAGCUUUACGAGGUAGGAAGAAGUUCAGGAUCAAAAUGUAUUUAACAUUUACAUUAUAUUUAUUUGUGGAGGGUGUAUUGGAAGAAUACUUGAGUGUCUUUAAUUUGCAUGUUGAGUGUUUUCUGUACUUCUACUUUAAAAAACAUUUUGUUGCAAGAUAUGUUUGAAUGCCUUCUGAGUUAUAUUUGGAAAAAGCUGUUUUGUGUUACCCAUCCAUGUUCUAAGAAUGCAAUGCAGUAUUUUUUUUACAAGGCAGCAUUCGCCCUACUGUGGUACACUAUCAAUAUGUAAAGAAUUGUACCUAGAAACGGCAGAAUGUAGUCUACGUGACACUGUGCCCAUACUACACAACAUGGCUUAGUUUUGCACUGCAUCUUAAAGUAAUCGAAACAGGACUGUUUCAUUCCAGUUUAUAACAAACUUUCGUACUCAACCACAUUUCAUAACAAUGCAUUGUGCUGUACUGAAAACACUAUUUAAUUUAUCGUUCUUGAACUUGAUUAUAAUAGCACUGAGGGGAGAAACUGCCUUGCUUAAAAAACAUGUACAUUAGACUACAUGGCAGGGUUGAAGUAAAUUCCAUUUGACUUCCAGGCAAUUGAGAAAGUAAAGUAAACCAAAUUCCGAAUUUUCCUCAUUUUGAAGAGAACUGGAAUUUCAAUGUACAUCCUGAAUUGAAUUUAAAUGGAAUUGAUCCUAAUCAUGCUACAUGGGGAUGUCAACUUCAGCGCUUUGGUCUUUUGCAGUAGGGAGUGCAUGCAGUCUUUGGUGCCAGUAUAAUUUAUUUCAGUUGCAUUUCUGUUUGCAGCCUUAUCUGUUGUAUUUCAGUUGCCUGAAUGUGUAGAGGGUCAAUAAAGGUUACCUCUCACUA